AUGCCGACCCAUUCUCGGAAAUCAUCUGGAGGAGCCUCACAACACACCACGCAAAGGCGCAAUUCGACUUCCCAGCAGACGCCGCCCAAGCCGCCCAAGCAUCUGCGCAACAAUACCGCUCCCGAGCCGCCGACGCCCUUGCGCCUGCCAUCUGUGAGCUCGACCACCUCCGCCCGACGACCCCCAGCCUCGCAUAGUGGCCAUGGCAUAGAUAAUUCGCGCGGCCCUCCUGUCACCUUGGUUACACGCAGUCGAAGUUCGCAAAACCCCGCCGACUUUGCCUAUGCGCAGCAGCAACAAUUCAUCCACUCAGGCCUGGUUUCCCCCACUAGCUCCCACCACUCGAGCAGCAGACGACGCGGGGAGGACGAGCUGGGGACCUCUAGUGAAGCCCCGCGACUACCACCACCACAACAAACAAGCGCAGCAGACCCUGGCACUGGGAAUCUCCCCAGACCCCGCCCGCCCCGAAGAGCCUCUACCAGCAGUUCGAGGCCGCCCCCACCGCGACGCAUGGCCAGCUCAACCGACGAGUCGUCCGAAUACGACUCUGGCCCCCGCAGCCGAAUGGAAGACUACCACGCGGCGCAUAGCGGGAGAGGUGCGCCUGCGCCUGCAACUCCAGGAGCAGAUGGAGAGAAGGAGGACCUGUUUCUGAACAUUGCCGCAGACAGCGCGCCCAAGCCCCAGCGCCCAGCAGAGUCCGCAGCAGCGCGCGUCGAUCGAUUGAAGUCACGAGUGGCCCGAGUCAACAACCGGCAGUCGCUCCCCUCUGCGCUGCAGUCGCCCUCGCCCGUGCAGUCGACCUCAGUGACACCAACAACAACAAGCCGCAUACCCUCCGCUGUUGCCCUGGAAGCCAGGUCGAGCGGCAUACGUCGGUCAUCACUUUUGCCUACUCCCUCCAGAUACGAGCGAUCCCCAAACUCGCCUGCGCCUGACGCAAUACGAACCCGGGAUCUCAACCACAAAGCCUCCUUCACCUCAUCACGAAGAGACGCAGAGCUCUCCCCACGCGACUUCCUAGCCCAGUUCUCAAACUCGUCCAGACGACCAUCUCAGCCUGAGGUGCAACACACGCCGCCAAGUCGCACCCCAGCAUACCCUUACAGGCCGUCAAACCUGUCACACGAGCCACGGACGCCCCAAGUGGAGACGUCGUUUGAGGCUGGUUCACGCGCCGAUGGUACCGAGUCGCAUGGCUCUACAGGGCCUGCUGCGUCUGUGUGGGACGAGCUGGACGAGUUGAAGUCCAGGAUACGGAAGAUCGAGAUGGGCGGCAAGAUACCAUCGACAUCAGGCGCCAUCGUGAAUCAAGCUUCGGCUUCGGCUUCGGCCGAUCGUCCACGAACAGCCAAUACUUCAGCUACGACAGUGUCCUCUUCACCAAACCAGCAGCGCAAAUCGAACCCGUCACCCUCUGAGUCGACAGUGGGCAGUAAUACACCUAACAACAGCAAGACACACCCUCUGCUGCGGGACGCUCUCAGCAAAGCUAGGCAGCAUGUCUCUCCAGCUGUGUACCGCACCCUAGAAUCGACCGCGACAGAAGCACUCGCGUUGGCAGAGAUGAGCGGCAGUGCGGGACCGCAGGGCACACUCCACUCUGCUAGCUCCAUCAUCAACGGCUCUGUAGUGUCGGAUCGCCAGGUCCGUCGCAAAGCCGACAACCUCUGCCGUAGUCUUACAGAGCUCUGUAUAGCUUUAUGUGACACCAAAACUGGUCUUGCCAGUCCAGCUUUCCGAUCAAAUACAGCCACAAUAUCACGCAGGCCAAGCGUACAAUUCAAUGGCGAUUCGCCGACAAUCCGACAAAGCAUCGAACCCGAAAGCAACACAUUGACUGGCGUCAGCCCUAGCAGAGCCAUGUCACGCAUCGAGGCUCGAAGGACCAGUAUGCUUAUUCCUGAACCCAAUGGCAGCCAAAGAGGAAACAGCCAAGAACCUUACGACGACAGACACACUCCGUCGCGCAUGCAGCGGGCAGGCACAAGCUUCCACCAGACACGCAACAGCGUGGAUGAGGAAGAUGAGGACCCAAUAUUUCGUGCGCCAUCCCGUGCAAUGACCUCCAUCGAUUUUAGAGCCCGUCAUGGUGGUCAGAGUCAAGCAGACAACAAAAAUCGAUUCAGCAGACAGUACACAUCUCGCGAGCCAAUGCCUGACCUACAACCAUCACCUGCGCUCCAAACUACCGCUAGUUUGCGUCGGCCCAGUGUCUCAAGUAGUACGCCCUCGAAUGAGCAUAGUCUACUAUUCCGGGACGGUCAGAGCCGCUACGGUCACAACUUAGGACGUGAAGGCUCGCCAGCCAACUACGAGAAGACCUUGACAGGGGGUUUACGACCACGAGCGCAAUUGAAUGUUGCUCGGAAUCCGAACAACAGACACUCAGUGGGCGGUGUGUCGGAUAUUGGGCGUAGCGUGAGCUUAGGCAGGCGACUGAGGGGAACAAGUAUCGGAGAGUGA